AUGACUACUUCCAUACGACAGUUGGAUCCCGAUUCUUGUGAGACUAAUCAUACAACUUUGGAAGUUUUGAUUAGUCUAUUUAUUGUUUGUGGUUUAAUUAUAAGUUAUUUACCUCAGCAUUACAGAAUCAUUAGUCGAAAAAGUAGUGAUGGGUUAAGUCCCUGGUUUCUAUUAUUAGGAUGCGUUUCAGCAACUUGUUGUCUGUUUAAUAUUUUAAUUUUACAACUUCGCAUGGUAGAUUGUUGUAAAAUAGUUACCCCAUUCACAUGUAUCGCAAAUACACUUGGAAUAAUUCAACUUUCGUUACAAUGGGUUAUGUUUACUUUAAUUUUGGCUCUUUUUAUGAUAUAUUUCCCACCACAACGUAAAAUUGUACCAUAUAUUCGACAUUUACAUUUUAAUUCUCCGCCUUCUCAUUGGUCAAUUGAAUGGCGUACUUCAGUCGGAGUUGCUAUUACUGUGGCAGUACAUUUUAUUGUUACGGUUUUCAUUUCACUCUACUUUUUGGAAUUUUAUGGUCGUUCAGAAGAUAAUCGUGCUACAAAAUAUUGGGCUGAUUCUCUGGGUCUUAUCUCUAUGAUAUUUGCAUCAAUUCAAUACUUACCUCAAAUAUGGAAAACGUGGAAAAGAAAAGCCGUAGGUGCACUUAGUAUUCCUAUGAUGCUUAUGCAAACACCUGGAUCUUUUCUUUUUGUCUAUUCUCUUGCCAUUCGUCCUGGAACAAGGUGGACAACCUGGAUUGUUUUCCUUGUUACUGGAUGUCUUCAAGGAAUUCUUCUCAUAAUGUGCAUUUGCUGGCACUUUAGAAAUCAACGUCUUGGGCAUGGACCAUUUAGUGUUGAUGAAACAAGUUCUCUUCUUGGUCGUGAUGGUAGACCACUAGUACCAGAAGGACGUACUACUAAUAGUACUGAAGUUUGA